AUGUCCGCUUUCCUUUCCCUGUUCGCGGGAGCAUCUUUGGAGGCCAGUCUUGAAGAGCUAUGGGGUUUCGAUUGGGCGUUCUCUGGUAUUUCAACAUUCAACCAUCUCCCACAUUCACGAUGCUUGGUCAAUCGCUCCGAAGUCUUCGAUGUCGCCAUUGUGGGCGUUCCUUUCGAUUCUCUUGUUACCUAUCGAUCAGGUGCUCGCGAGGGCCCCAAGGCAAUUCGAUGGGCAUCUGGGCGCCAUCUCUCCGGAAGAAGCUUCCAUCCUAGCCUUCACUUCAACCCGUACGAAGAAUGGGCAUUGGUUCUAGACUGCGGUGACAUACCCGUCGUUCCAAACGACCCUGUGCUGGCCAUGGAGCAGAUGGGUGAGGCCCUCACCGAGCUGCUGUCACACCCCACGUCGCAGGCAAGCCCAUGGAGCCAUCCUCGGCUCGUGAUUCUGGGUGGCGACCACUCGAUUGUGCUUCCUAUGCUCCGGGCCCUCAACAGGGUUCGGAAAGAGCCUGUGGCGCUUCUCCAUUUCGACGCACACAUUGAUACAAUGGCCCCGGACUCGUAUCCACGGAAGGCCUGGAAGUCCCAAGCCUCUGAGAUCAACCACGGGACGGUGUUUUGGCUGGCCGCCCAGGAGGGCCUCCUUCGCCCGGGCCAUCUGGUUCAUGCCGGCGUCCACGGCAGGAUUUCGAGCCUGCAGGAUUUCCACAGCGACGAGUCCAUCGGCUUCUUGCGCAUCGCUGCCGAGGAGAUGGAUGAUGUAGGCCCGGCCGCUAUCAUCCAGAGAAUCCGCAAUACAAUCGGGCAGGAUGCGCCUGUCUACGUCAGCAUCGACAUUGACGUGCUUGACCCGGCGUUUGCCCCCGGGACCGGCGCCCCUGAAACGGGUGGCUGGACAUCUCGUGAGCUGAUGAAAGUCAUGACGGUGCUAUCAGACUUGAAUGUGGUUGGUGUGGACAUCGUCGAAGUCAGUCCUGCCUACGACAGCGCUGGGGGCGAUACGGCCUUUGCCGCGGCGAAUCUUGCGUAUGAAGCAAUAUCACUGAUGAUUCAGCGUGAGAUGAAGAAGGAAAGCUCUGUGGAAGAGUUCAGCUUCAAGGCUGAGAGGACGGAGCUGUAA